AUGAAAAGUAAAUUUUGCUAGAAUAUUAUGUGUUGACAUUAGAUGGCAAAUUAUUUUAAAUUAACUCCGCGAAAUCACAAUUUAGAGCACAGCUGUCACGGAUGUUUUGUUAAGGGCAAAGGGCUCGAGAUGACCCAGGCGGCGCCCAUACCCUCUGUGCCCGACCAGGUGUAUGGGGACCUGGUCAAGGAGCCUGUCAGCAACGUGGUGGCUGAAGUGUUGGAGCCUUGUCAGAAGUCUGAGGAGACGCCACCGUCGCUACUCGAUGACCUGACCUCCGUGGAGCACUUGAUGAUCACGAAGCGGCUGCGGGUAAAGAGCGUGCUGUUCCUGAGGGGCAAGAGGAAUCGCUUCCAAGUACGCACUCCCGACAGGAAUCUCGUCUACACUGUAGAGGAAGAGAACAGCUGGUGGGUUGGCUACUUCUGCUACGGUCUGCGUCCCCUCCAGCUGCGCGUGUGCAACAGUGUUGGUGCUGAAGUGUUGCGCGUGCGCAGGCCCUAUGCUUGUACACCGCGCGUACUUCCCUGCCAGCUGCAACACCUCCAGGUCUUCAGCCCGCCCGGACAUCUGAUAGGUACCAUCGAGCAACAAUGGGCGGCUGUUAGACCGGUCUAUCUGAUUAAAAAGGAAAAUGGCGAGGAGUUGUUUUGGAUACGUGGUCCGUUCAUUACACUGAGUCUGUUCCGUGACGUGGAGUUCGGUAUCGCGCGCGCUGACGGUGUCCCCGUCGGCAGCACUUGCAAACGCUGGCAGGGACUCCUGCACGCUAUGUUCUUUGCACCGAUCACUGACAGAUUCAACGUGGAGUUCGAUCGAAGCCUAUCUGUUGAGGAGAAGGCUCUGCUGCUGGCCGCGACGUUGCUCAUAGACUACAUGUACUACGACGUUUGA